CUGCUGUCUGGGGUAUCUCCUGUGUAUUUUAAGUGCACUUCCCCUCUCGUUUGAUUUUAUUUUAUUCCAUUUAAAAAAUUAUUGUUACAUUGAUUUUUAUUUUGAUUUUGAUUUUCUUUUUCUUUUUCUUUUUCCUGUUAUUAUCUUUUAUUAUCUUUUCCUCCCCGCUGACCGCAUUCUUUCAGCUUGUUCCUCGACCUGUGCUACCGUGCUGUCUGUACUCCGUACAUCGUCCCAACCGCUCACCGAUCCCCUCUCCUAGGGACUUCUAGCACUGCUUCCUUCCUCUUUGCUCUCCUUCUCCUCCCCCAACACCUGUCUUCUCUCCUCCUCCUCCUCCUCCUCCUCCUCCUCCUCCUCCUCCUCCCAGUUCCAACACUAUCUAAGCCGCUCAGGCAGGUGCGUUGGCCUGAUGUUUGGACAACGACCGCAACAGCAACAGCCACCACUGCCAGCAGCCUCAGCCUAUCUCAAUCACAAUUCCCACUGGACGCCUCCAAAUGAGAGCGCCCAGACAAGACGCAGUUCCAAUGCCAUGGAUAUCAAUGCCAUCACAGAUAGAGACCCGGCAGAAGGACAUCCCCGUUCGAACCAUACGUCUUCGAACAUAGGCUCCCCGAUUGAUAAGAACCCCGAGACAUUUCCCGGCCAUGAAGAGAAUGGUCGUAUUUAUCAUGGUUUCCGCAGAGGCAUCUACUUUCUACCCUGUGACGACCUGGAGCAGGAUCGCCUGGACAUCUUCCAUAAGGUCAUCACGGUAGCAAGGGUUUCCGACGCAUUGAUCUAUUCUCCACACCCCCGCAACGGUCGUUUCCUCGACCUGGGUUGCGGCACGGGAAUCUGGGCCAUUGACGUUGCCCAGAAGUAUCCCGACGCCUUUGUCGUGGGUGUGGAUCUCUCCCCCAUACAGCCUCUGAACAGCCCGAGGAACUGCGACUUUUACGCCCCGUUUGAUUUCGAGAGCCCGUGGGCGCUGGGCGAGGAUUCGUGGGAUCUGAUCCACAUGCAGCUGGGCUGUGGUAGCGUUGUGAGCUGGCCCAGCCUCUACCGUCGGAUAUUCGCCCAUCUCCGUCCCGGCGCUUGGUUCGAACAAGUGGAAAUAGACUUCGAGCCUCGUUGUGAUGAUCGUUCCCUGGAGGGACUGGCUCUACAUCAUUGGUACCAGUGUCUGAAGCAAGCCACCGAAGAGGCCAUGCGACCCUUGGCCCAUAACCUGCGAGAGACUAUCCGCCAUUUGCAGGAGGCUGGAUUUACAGAAAUCGACCACCAGAUCGUUGGACUGCCGCUGAACCCAUGGCACCAGGACGAGCAUGAGAAGGCGGUUGCCCGCUGGUACAACCUGGCGAUCUGCGAGAGUAUCGAAACUUUCAGCCUUGCACCCUUCACUCGCUUCUUUGGCUGGCCGGUGGAUCGCAUUAAGCGACUCGUAGCGGAUGUAAGAUCGGAAGCAUUUAACAAGGAUAUCCAUGCUUACAAUAUCCUGCACAUCUACCAAGCACGGAAGCCGAUUUCCAAUUGAAUCACAUUAUGGUUCUCCCCGUCCACUACCAUCACACCUCAAAUGCCGACAACUUGAGGAUCACCGGAUGUAUCCGAAGACUGCAGUUCUGAUCAUUGGCCUUGGAGGCUCAAUCUUAUGAAGCCUCUGUCAUUUUACUCUACAUCGCUUUACCAUCCUUUCAUCAUUGCGCCGCCUCGCUCCCAUCUCCCAAGGCAUCACUGGAACUGAUGUUGCAAACACAACCGCGCAGAUGGUUCUCCUUGGAACUCGAGAAACGAUCUCGGAGAAGUUCGUGUGUUUGCAAGGUGUCGAGUCCUGGCAGAACCACGUGCCGAUCUGACCAAUCCACACAAUUCCGCGCAUGCUACGGUCAGGUUCUGCACAUCCCCUGGACCGAAUAGGCGAGUGAGACGUCAGUUGCUACUCUUACAAGAACCACGUUACAAAGCGCGGAGGGCACAAGAGCCGAACCACCACUCGAAGUGGGCUCAAAGCGACAAACACCGACAAGACGGCGAUUACGACAGACACGUCAAUGAGUUGACCGAGGAGAAAGAACCGAUAUUAGAGCCUCAUGUACAACAAUUGUUUUUCCCUUUUGACAUUGCUCUGUUUGCAGCGCGGAGAAUGCGGGCUUUGUUUUUGCCUAGUAUUACUUGAAUUCCCCUGUCCACGAUGCAUUCUGAUUCUGUCAUAUUAUGUGGAGUAUAAUUACAAUACCCUGGAUU